AUGGAAUCUGGUCUUAACUGCCAUUAUUCAACAUUCACACGUUAUAUUCCUGAUCAUGUGCUGAAACCAAGUACUGAUGAUUGGGGUACUUGUUUAUGUAUUAUUUGUUUGAACCCACAGCUCAAACUUGAAAAGCUACAACGUUUGAAAUUUUUAUAUCCAGUUCUUAAGACAAUACUUCCUGAUGGUUUAGCUGAUAUAACCGAGUUAGUUACAGAUGAAAUCAAAACAAAAGAAUUUUUAGAUAAUUUGAUUAAACUUAAAGAUGAAAAAUUUAAUAUUACAUAUACUGAAUGGACAAAGAAAAAACAUUCUAAAUCUGAUGUACCUGUAUCAACAAAAACAACCCUUACAAUAUCUAUUUUUGAUUUUACAACGAAAUUUUUAAACGAAAUCAAUAAUUUAGUAUCACAUAUUGAUCGUGUACGUCAACAAUUUCGAGCUGCUAAACAAGCAAAGCAAGCUGCUACGGAACAGGAAGAUACAGUCGCAAUACAUUUAGAUUGGUCGGAAAACUUCAAACUGAAACAAGCGCGACAAGAAAAAGGUAAGUGA